GCCGCCUCCACCUUCCGCCUCCCGGUGCGCCCCGCGCGGCCCGGGCAUGGGGAAGGGUUACAAGGUGGUGGUGAGCGGCGCGGCCGCCGUGGGCAAGACAGCUGUGCUGGAGCAGCUGCUGUACGGGCACCACGCGGCCGCAGGCCUGGAAGAGGGUGCAACACUGGAAGAUGUAUAUUUGGCUUCAGUUGAAACGGAUCGAGGAGUAAAGGAACAGUUACGCCUUUACGACACUAGAGGUCUGGAAGAAGAAGUAGAACUGCCAAAGCAUUACAUCUCUCUUGCUGAUGGCUUUGUUCUUGUGUAUGCUGUGAACAGCCUUGAAUCCUUCCAGAGAGUAGAACUACUCAAAAGAGAGAUUGAUGCGUUUAGAGACAAAAAAGAGGUGACAAUUGUUGUCUUAGGAAACAAAACUGACCUCACAGAGCAAAGACAAGUAGAAACAGAAGUAGCGCAGCAGUGGGCAAAGGCUGAGAAAGUGAGACUGUGGGAAGUGACUGUGACAGAUCGGAGAACGCUGAUAGAGCCUUUCACUUUUUUAACCAGCAAACUCUCCCAGUCCCAGAACAAAUCAGCAUUUCCCUUGCCUGGGAGGAAGAACAAAGGCAACAACUCUGAUAAUUAAAAACCCUUCUUCCAGGAAAGGCUGUUUGAAUUGUCCACUGCUGAUAGUAAUGACCAGGACCUAUUCAGCCAUUUGUUUCUCAUGGUUUUUCUGAAGCAAUAUUAAAAAUCAGCAAGCUUCUGGACAGAA